AUGCCACCACACCGCGUGUUCAUCUCGCUGCGCUUCAGCGAGGCCAUGGAUGCGAGCCAAGCACUGAAAAGGGCGUUGGACAAGCGGGGCGUGCCCACGUUCCUGUGCGCCGUUGCUGCUGGCGACAGCAUCGCCGACGCCGUGAUCGAGGCCAUCGACGAGUGCGAGCUGGUGGUGAUCAUGGGCACGCACACGUACGGGGAGAAGACGGACAGCAAGUUCAGCUCGCGCGAGGAGCUCGAGUUUAUCAUCAACGACGAGAAGCCGUUCUUCCUGGUGAAGAUGUGCGACCGCUUCAAGCACGCCAAAACGCGCUUCUGGCUUCCGCCCACCAUCGCCUACCACCCAUGGCAGCCGCAGGGCGCCGAGCGCUCCGAUCCGCCAGCUGAGCUUGUGGACGCCAUCAUCGCCAAGCUCAAGGACGUGACCGGUGACAGCGCACCAGUGAAGCUGCAGCAACCACAAUCAACUAGCUCAGCGUCCUUUUCCCAAGUUCAUGGCGUGCGUGCAGUCAGUGGCGGUAGUGCUGAGGACGCCGUGCGCAAGCUGCAGACCAACGGCCGUAGCAUGCACGCGGCUGAGAUUGUGCAGCUGAUGCAGGCGUUUCCCGCCUCUGCUGACGUGCAACGUUUUGCCUGUCAGGCACUAGAAGGCCAGGCAGAGGGCAAUGCGCGGGGGCGUGUGGAUGGGACUGCAUCUGGCGCCAUCGACGCAAUCAUCAAGGCGAUGAAGAUACACAGCAGUAACGGCGAUGUGCAACAGUGUGGGUGUGGGGCGCUGCAGAACCUGGCAUUCAACAACCAUGACAACCAGGUGGCGAUUGCGUCAAAGGGUGGAAUUGAUGCUGUGAUCGUGGCGAUGAAGCGCCACAGCAGCAACAGCGGUGUGCAAGAGAGUGGGUGUCGUGCGCUUGGAAUCCUGGGACACAACAACAAUGGCAACCAGGCUGCGAUCGCGUCAAAGGGCGGGAUUGAUGCCGUGAUUGCAGCCAUGAAGAACCACAGCAGCAAACUCGGUGUGCUCAAGUUUGGAUGUGCUACGCUGUGGGAUCUGGCAGUGAACAACAACAACAAGGUGGUGAUUGCAUCGAAGGGCGGGAUUGACGCUGUGGUUGCGGCGAUGAAGAUGCACAGUAGCAACGAUGGUGUGCAAGAGCAAGGGUGUGGUGCACUGCGGAACCUCGCACUGAACCAUGACAACAGGGUGGCAAUUGCGUCGAAGGGCGGGAUUGAUGCUGUGGUUGCAGCGAUGAAAUGCCACAGCAGCAACAGCGGUGUGCAAGAGCAUGGGUGUGCAGCAUUUACGAAUUUUGCCACAAACCCUGACUUGCUGGCACACCUUCGUUCCCGAAGCAUUUCUCUCCUUGCCAGACAGGCCAAGCACAACCACCCAAGCAACCGUGGUGUGCAGCAACAGGCAGACCGCUUGCUCAGCAAGCUUUCCUGA